UAUUUCUUGAUUGAAGGCAAGAAAGACAAAGAAGUCGUUAAAAAUGCAUUCCAAUGACGACAUUCAACUGGUGGCAAGUGAGCGCCAUAAAGAGACAAAUUUAGAGCAUAAAACUCAGUGAAUUUGUUGCUGGCUAGUAGAUAGAGUUUUACAAGUAGAGAUUAGAUUUGUUGUAACAACCAAGGCUCAGAUGUUGGCAGUGAUCCUAUUCUGAAUGCAGGCACAGAAUACUUAUUAAACACUCUAAAACAGAAUUAUACUAAAAACAAUAAUAUCUCAAAAUCUAAGUGGUGGUUGAAACUGGUUGAAAAGCUAUUUCAUAUUAGUAUAAGCCCAGCAAUGAACCAUCCUGAUCUUAGAAACGUCAAGUGUAUUUCUUGAAAGAUACAUGCCAAACCAAAUCCACUAUCAAAGUACACAGUCUUAUGAUAUUCAUGCACAAGUUAAUGAGAUUCAUAAUCCUUUUGGCUGGUCAUGUGACCGUGUCGUACCUCCUCUGACACGUGGUAUAGUAGUGCAUGUGGGCGUACCUCCAGGAUGAACAUCACAGCAGGAAUUAUGCACAUGCGCACUAUAGCUAGCUCCUGCAUGAUCACAGCUAGUAUAGCUAUAUAGCUACCAUGGAGUUCACAUCAUCCUACAUUCUCCUGUCUGCAGUACUGGUACUAGCUGCUCUUUACUAUGGCUGGGGGAUGGCCAAGAGGGCAGCUAAGACUCUUACUGAGCUGUUUCUAUUCAUCUGGCUGUUCAAUGGCAAACAAAUAUACCACAAGACAAAGCGAUCUCUUCGAAUGUACACCUUCAACUGCGAGACCCAAUAUCUGGACGAGGUGAUCCUCGAGGAACUAUACCAUUUCCUAACUCCUGUCAUACAGUCAGAUAUGAAGUUCACUAGGAGCUACCCACGAUGGGGCAAAGAAACGCCGGCACAUUUUAAAGAAAUUUUUAAAGAAUAUGCUGAGAGUGUCAAAGACGACGGUGACAUGUAUGAUGAGGAGACAGGUGUUCUCAAACAGGAACGGUCUCAUCUUCGGGAAAAUUUGCUGGCUGUGUCGGAACAAGACUUGCAGAAUCCUGACAUCAAAUAUUUUGUGGAACGUAACCCUGGGUAUCUAAAGGGUCACUGUCUGGUCUGUGGCUACAGAAUUAACUGGUUGGAUCUUUUCACGACUGUUUUUGAUCAAAUAAUGAAGAAAACCUCCACUAGUAACAAUGAAUUAAAGCUUGAUGGUCCAAGACGAGAGAGCGUUGUAGCUCAUCAAAAAUCAAGACCAAAAUUGCUCCGAAGAAUCACUUUCCAAGAGCAGUCUGCUAAUGCUAUUGCUGCGAAUAUGUACCAUAAUGAUCUAGCUGGAGAAGUCGUUCUAUCUUCCACCAAUAACUUUGCAUUUGGAUUCUCACCUACUCAUUCAUCAAGAGAUCUGCCCUUUAUUGAACUCUAGUGAUCAUCACAUUCUGACUUGUCAAUGUGUAGUAUAGACUAAUCAAUAGUGUAUAUUUGGACAACACAAACAUUUUCAGUUUCAUUUUCAUUAUCUUGUACUUUAUUGUGUGACAUUAAUUGUUAUACUACUGUAUAUAAAUUUCAGCGUACUCUUAAAGUUGUAUGACUUGUAUAUAUAAUUUAUAGAAGCUGCUUUUAUGCUCCUCGAUCCUUGUUACAAUAUUUAUUAUGUAA